UUUAUGUGUACAUGAAUGCAGGCUUACAAUGUGAAUAGUGUCUAUUGUUAUUAGUUUGUUGUUCGCUUUGCGCAGCUAGCUAACGUUAGCUGGCUAGCUAGCAUGUUGCUAACUUGCAGGCUAAAAGGAAGCUGCUACCUCCGGAGGUAAAAACGGUGGCGGCGUUUUAUUGUUAUUGUUCCUGUUGUUCUUUUUAUUCCGACGUCUCCGACCUCGUUUGCUUCUUCUUGUUCGAGACUUUUUCGACGUUUUCUUGCCGCCACUGCUCAGGCCGUGUCUGCUGUGACACACCGCGCCACCUUGGGAGAAAUCCACCAUCAUUCCACUUUAUGGAGAGGAUGUCCACUGGCAGACAAGUGUGAUCCCACCUCUGGACCGUCUAACACAACAUUUGCCAACAAGAUCGGCCUGGGAGAUGCUCUCUCCUCAGCAUCAUCACCGACGCACUCCAAGCUGCUUUACCUGAAACAUUAACCGCUUCCGGGUGGAGUUUCAAAGUAAACUACGAUGCAGUCAGCUAAUAACACUGGAACAGUAAUGAUUUAACAUAAACUAAGCAACCAUGCUGGUGGGAGCUUGAUGUAGUCAAGUAAUUCAUGGGUUUUAACAAAAAACAAAACAUCUUUAACAGUCCUGGACCAACCCACAAGCCCGCCUCAACGCAAUGUAUUUUAUGUUGAAACCUCACAUCGAAAGUUGUUUUUUUGCUGUGACACUACUGUCGAAGCUGUGGGUCAAAACUUCUCCAAGUUAUUUUCAUUUUUUUCACGAUGACCUCCGUUUUCUCGGGGGACUUGUAGUUCCAAUUGUCCGCGUUAGGGUGUGCACACUCCGGCCUACUCCGCUCGACGACCCGCUCGUGUGUGUUAGCAUCUGUUAGCCUGCGGAAGCUAACUGAGGGCGGAAGUCCUUGUUAGUCUUGUUGAUUUUGCAUCAUUUCUGCCUGUAUUUGUUGUAUUGAAGGACGCCAAGGCAUGUGGAGGGUGACUUUACAAGCCUUCAGUGUUUUGCUGCUGGCCUUCUUCGUGGCGAAGUUAGCUUUGGGCUGGUUUCAGCGAACCGAGCUCAAAGAAAGGACGAGCACAGACCAACAUGAGCAGAGCUGCUUCUGCCAUCUGACUGGCGUGCUUGACGACUGUUACUGUGAUGUGGAGAGCAUCGACUUGUUCAACAACUUCAAGAUUUAUCCUCGCAUCAAGAAACUGACCGAGAGAGACUACUUUAGAUACUACAAGGUCAACUUGAAGCGUCCGUGUCCAUUCUGGCCUGAUGAUGGUCACUGUGCCAUCAAAGACUGCCAUGUGGAGCCUUGCCCAGAGAGUAAGAUUCCUGCAGGCAUCAAGUCUGGCAAUUACAACAAGUAUUCCAGGGCCGCCAACAGCAUGUCGGACAUGGCCGAGUGCCAACAGGUCGAAGAUCUGGGCGCUAUCAACAGCACCCUGAGUAAUCAGAGUAAAGAGGCAUUCGCUGACUGGGCGAGACAUGACGACGCUCAGGAUCAUUUCUGUGAGCUUGACGAUGAGACGUCCCCUGAUGCCGAGUACGUGGACCUGCUCCUCAACCCGGAACGCUACACGGGAUACAAGGGCCCUUCAGCCUGGAGGGUGUGGAACAGCAUCUACGAGGAGAACUGUUUCAAGCCCAGGUCUGUGUACAGACCUUGGAACCCUCUGGUCCCCAGCAGAGGAGACGACGAUGGCGAGGGCUUCUACAACUGGCUGGAAGGUUUGUGUUUGGAGAAGAGAGUUUUCUACCGCCUCAUCUCAGGCCUGCACAGCAGCAUCAACAUCCACCUCAGUGCUGAAUACCUGCUGGACGAGGGGUGGGGCAAAUCCGUAUGGGGGCCUAACGUGGAGGAGUUUCGUCAUCGCUUCGACACGGCCGACACGAAGGGUGAGGGCACGCGGCGUCUGAAGAACCUGUACUUCCUGUACCUGAUCGAGCUGCGUGCGCUCUACAAGGUGGCAGCGUACUUUGAGCGCGCCGUGGUCAACUUGUACACGGGCAAUGCUCACGAGGAUGCCACCACCAAGGAGCUGCUGCUGCACUUCUUCGACGAGAUCAAAGCUUUCCCCAUGCACUUUGAUGAGAAGUCCAUGUUUGCUGGACAUAAGAAAGAAGCUAAAAGUCUGAAGGAAGAAUUCCGGCUGCACUUCAAGAACAUCUCUAGGAUCAUGGAUUGCGUUGGCUGCAGUAAAUGUCGUCUUUGGGGAAAGCUGCAGACGCAAGGUCUAGGGACCGCCCUCAAGAUCCUCUUCUCCGAGAAGCAGAUCAAGAACCUUUCGUAUUCCCCCUCCAAAGGCUUCCAGCUCACUCGCCAGGAGAUUGUCGCCUUGCUCAACGGCUUUGCCAGGUUGUCCACAAGCAUUCAUCAGCUGCACAGCUUCCGCCUGCUGUUAAAGGAGAACAGGUAACAGGAAGUGGCCCGCAGGUGGCACCUCAAGACAUUGGACCGUCCCCCACACUCCAGGCAUCUCUUCUGCUGAAGAGUUCAUGACUUUUGUACAGGUGUAUGAGGACAAAGUGGACCUGAGGACGUACAUUUAAUUUAUUCAGGGAAACUCCGCCCCCUUCUGACAUCACAUCACCUUGGAUCCCACCCCUGCGUGUGACUUUCAUAGUAAAAUGAUCAAGAGUUGUGAAAAUAAACUAAUGACUUUGUGCACAUGUGUGGUCAUGUGAUCACGGUGAAGCUAAGGAAAUGGACCAAAGAAGCUGCCUGCUUUUGUAAAGUUUGUUGCCAUAGAGAAGCGCUACUUUGAGUAAAUAACGACUUAAAGUCAAAUGUCGUUUUUUUGUCCUUCAAACAUUGACUUCUAUUUCUCAUACAAGUGCAUGCUGGGAGCUCAAACUAGCUUGUGUGCACUCAACAUCUACAGUAUGCUAGAAGUAGAAUGUGACGUCAUGACGUAUGGCAGUAAUUGUGUUUACAAGUUGUGUCCACUGGGAGGCGACAGACUUCGCUGUUUUUCCCACGUAUUGUCUUUAAAGUUUGGCAUUUUUUCACAUAUAGAAUAAUCAAUAAUAAAACCUUAAUUGAAA